AUGAUUUUCGGAAAGAACAUUGGCCAGUUGGUCUCAAGACUGGCUCAAGGGUCUGCUUAUAAUACUCACGGACUUGCUCUUUGUGCUACGCAAUCGAGCUCAAUAAGUCAGACUCUAUUGCCUGUCAUGAACCAUUUCAUGGUAUUCAGUGCUAAUUUAUCAACAGCUUCAGAGACUACGCAAAAGAAAAUGCCAGUUGAUUCAACUUCUGCACCUAAUGCUUUGUUGAGUACUUUAAAUAAUGCUGCAGAUAAUUCUGUUAUACUUCCCGCUGCUUUUAUCGACUCUCCUGGUAAAAAAGACGCUGAUAUUUCCACACAAGCUGGGAAAAAUUUGCUCCGUAUACUCCAAAGUAGUCCCAAAAACAAAUGGGAUGAUAUAAGUUCAUCAUACAUGGACAUGAAGAAAUCAAACAUGUUGGCUAAGCUUGAGCCAUCAGAGUGGAUCGACAUCAUCAAUGAGUUUUCUCGACUUUCCGCUGUGCAAAAUAAAGCAGAUGUUUUUCCAACUCUUUGGGAAGGUAUCAAGAAAUUCAAUGUCGAGCUUACUCCCAAACUGUACUCUGCUCUGGUUACUAGCGUUUUCAAACACGAUGCAUCUUUAGUUUCAACCCAACAGCUUCAGCAAAGUCGCUUGGAUCAAGAAAAACUAUACGCGAAACACUCAAAGUCUAUUGAUCGAUCUAUUGCCAUAAGAUCAUUGACUCGUAAGAUUAUGCAGCUCAAGUCUACCUCCGUUUUUUCUCUUGGCUGCGAAAUAUUUGAAUCUGCUACUACAGCGAAUAUACGAAUGAGUUUGUAUGCCUAUAAUGCGUUUAUCCAGUCGUGCGCACUUCGUGGUGAAACUUUGAUGGCAGAAGAUGCUUAUUCAGGCAUGAUUAAUGCUGGUCAUUCAGCUACCACCGAAACUUACACGUCCAUGAUAAAUGUUUAUGGGAUUGCUGGAGAUGCAUUCAAUGCUCAGGUUUGGUUUGAAAAAUACAUAGAAUUGUCACAAACACCCGAGACUAUGCCGUUUUUGGCUUUUUCCUCUGCACUGGCAAUUUGUGGGCGUCUUCCUGCAGCUAUCGAUGUGCUAGUUCGCCUUAUGCCAAGUGCCAUGAAAUCAGUCAGUAUUAAGUCAAUAAACGAAUUGCUGAGUCUUCUUGAUCAACGACUUGAUUUCGAGGGCAUGCAGCUGCUAUACGAUACAUUGAACAAGUCUCCGGAACUUCCCAAUCCCAGCCCCAAGACAUACUCUCUUAUGAUGAAUGCUGCUUUGAUUAACGGUAACCUAAACGAGGCACUUGGCUAUUACUCGCGUACUGAAAUCUCUUAUUUGCCGCCUUAUUGCAUUGGACUUUUGGGCAGCACGAGUGCAGAUAUAGGCGAUCUGGAUCUUUCUCUGAAAUUGGCUAAAGAGCUAUUGAGUCGCAAUCAAAUUCCUGAAAUUUCUCAUGUUGUAGGACUCGUCCAGGGUCUGUAUAAUACGGAUCCAACAGGUGCGCGAUCUAUGGAAUUUUUAAAAAUUAUAAUUUCCAAAUUCAUAAAUCGUUCAGGAAAUAUCGCUCCCUCUGCUUCAAUCGAUCGUGGACUGACUGCUCUGAUAACCUGUACUGCUACCAACAGCAAUAUUCGUUGUGCCUUGGAUGCUUUUUUGUUUGCAGAGGCAGCUAAAGUAUAUCUUUCUCAGCCAUUUGCCUUUGCAAUAUGUAUGACUUUCAAAAAGGCAACGCCUGAUGCUAUAGCUCAACUUACAGCGGUAGACUAUCAUGCGUUAUUUGACUGUGCUUUUUCUCAUCACAACCCAAGAUCUGAGAUCUCGUCUCAAAUUGCUGUUCGUUUAUUCGUCAAAAAAGUAUUCUCAUCCAUGAUACUACAUAAACUUGAACCAACUCAGCAAAUACACGAAACCGUAUGCAAAGGUUUCGACAACAUUAGGGACUCGAUGGGUAAAGCUGAAUGGCUUGUUUUGGUGCGUCCAUACAACUUUGAUACUAUUCCAAGUGCGGCUCUCGAUGUCGAAAAGAAAACUUCCAGCAUUUUGAAGCAAUGGAGACAACCGACUGCUCCUCCCGUAGAAUCAACCCAUAAUGAUGAGAGUAAAUCAAUGAUAGCUCAGCUUGAAAUGCACUGUGCUACUUUUGAGAUUAAGGAAGCCUUGUCUUUGUUUAAGCGUAUCAGUGACGCAGGACAAAAAAUUUCCCUUUCGGUUCUCCAGUCAUUGAUGAACUCUUUAGCCAAAUCAAAAGAUCACGCUUCUAUCAGAGAAGUUAUUGAUAUAUCUACUGCUUUGGCACAAACAUACAAUACUGAGCUGGCCAUCCAACGUGCACAAACCGCAAUAUAUGAACUUGCCAUCUCGGCAUAUCUGAAUGCUAGAGAUCCUGUCAUGGCUUUAGAAAUGACAGUCGAGGCUGUGAAAAAGUAUGGCAAAAUUCCCAAAAUCGGCGUGUGUUUGGCUUUAUUCAAGCGGUUUGAUCGGUUUGAAAAUAUCUCAGUUACUCUGGCAAAGCACUGCACAGAUCUUUUUCAGCCAUUGAUUGCUGAAUGUGGUGUAACGAAUCUCACUCCAGAUGUGUUUUCAUAUAUGUUUCGUGUUCAUUGCAUUACCAACAAUAUUGUUGAAGCCAAGUCUCUUUUAGACCUUAUGAAGAAACAUAACCUUCAUGUGUCUGGAAAAUCUCUAGAGCAUCUUGUUCAUCUUUACGUCAAAGCCGAUCUUCAAGCCGAUUCAUUAGAUGCUUUUGAUCAGUAUUUGGACAUGACUCCUGUACUCUCCAUAUCUGUUUUUAACGAUAUAUUAAAAAUGUAUAUUAAAAAUUCCAAAGAUAUUACUGGAGCCAUGGGAAUUUGGCGAGUCUCGCGUCAACGCAACGUUGCUCCAGAUGCCAAUACGCUCAUUUGGCUUUUGAGUGGUUUAGUUGACUUGUCGAAUGACGUUGGUUCUGCAAAAAAGCUGUUUGAUGCGCUCACUUUACCUGCAGGAGCCCCCGGAUCUGCUGGAUUUGCUAUUCAGCCCUCCAUCAUUCAUUACGAUAUUUUGUUGAGUGGCUAUGCUCGUGCUGAACAACCUGAUAUGGAUGCCAUACUAGAGCUGUAUGAAGAUAUACAACAGAAAAAAUGCUCACCCACAGUGAUGACCUUUGAAAAUGUGAUUUCUGGUGUGUGCCGUGCUGCUGAUGGGUCAAUUCGUAUUGCUGAACAGAUCCGUAAUCUCAUGUUUACGCAUAAAUUUUCUUCGACGCCAGAAAUUGAAAACUCGAUCAUGGAACUGUAUUGGAAACUCGGCGACCAAGUUGGAGCAUUUCAAAUAUUUGAUAGACUAACAACAGAACAGGAUGCAGACUUGCAGCCUAAUAUACGAUCCUAUCAGAUUAUGAUUACAGGGUUGGUAAAAUGUGGACAGCGUGAACGUGCUGCAGCGUUGUUGGAUCGUGCAAGACGUCAUGGUGGAUAUCCACAGACUGCCGUUGAUGAACUAGAACAAAUUAUUCUUCAAUAA